UGGCAAACCUACACAAGAUGGCCGUCGUUGAAUUUAGUCAGCUGUUCGACACAGUUUGUUUAUAAAUUUUGUGUUUUUUGGUUAUUUUGUGAAAAUUUAAGACAUUUUUAAUGAAAAGACUCAAGUUUUAAACAUUUCAUUUUGAAGGAGGAUCAUUAAAUACCACGAAUACAUCGACAAAAGUAAAUAUAAUCCACAUCACUAGAUUAGGUAUGGCAUAGUGUACAAUACAUUUGACUUGUUUGCAAUAUUACUGUUAUUUUGUCUGGUUAUCUAAUUUUUGUAAAUCGUAAUGGCCAGCUUGGAAGAUAAGAUUUUAGGUGAGAAAAAACAUUAUUACUGUGAUAGUAGUAGUGAUGAUGGUGGUGGUGAAUCGGAUGCCGAGGGAGUCUGUGAUGAAGCGUCGGGUGGGUCUGCGGCGUCUAAUGAAGCUUGCAAGAAUCUCACGAAAUGGGAUGGAGUCUCUUCCAACACGGGCCCCAAGGGUGUCAUCAAGGAUUGGCAACGAUUCAAGCAAAUGGAAACUGAAAAAAGGGAAGAAGAUGCUAGGGCGCGGCUCAAUCUAAUGAAAAAACUUUCAAUCACUUGCAAAUCAGAUCUUGACAAUCAAAAGGAAGAGGACGCUGAUAAGGAACUUUCUGAGCUACUCGACGAUGAAUUCAUCGCGCAGUAUCGUAAGCAAAGAAUGGCUGAAAUGCUGUCGGAAAAAGCAAAACUUCCAAUUUUCGGAAAAUUGAUCCAUUUGAAUAACGGGGAUGAAUUUCUGGAAGCAGUUGAUAACGAGAGUAAAUCGGUAACUGUCAUUGUUCAUAUUUACGAAGACCGCCUAAGAAGCUGUAAAAAUAUGAAUAAGUGUUUGGUUACAUUGAGCGAUGAGUACAAUCAGAUCAAGUUCUGCAAACUGGUGGGGUCUUCAGCUGGUAUGAGCAGUCACUUCAAAUCCGAUGGAGUUCCAGCGUUGUUAAUCUACAAGGCUGGGCAGAUGGUUGGCAACUUUGUCAGAGUUACUGACGACCUCGGAGAAGAGUUUGAAGCAAGUGAUGUUGAGAACUUCUUGAUCGAGCAUGGAAUGAUCUUAGACAAGUCUUUUGUGCCAAAAAUCAUUACAGACAACCAGAACGAUGAUAGUGACGUGAGUCUUGAUUGAUAAAUUAUUUUUUUGUAUCACGGCAGCUGAAAGCUUGCAUUAGGCAAUACACUUAUGGCAUAAAUGUUUUAAUCAAUUCUAAAUUGCAAUACUUCAUCAUAGAAUAAGUACUGUUUCAAUUGUGUACAAUGUUUCCAGAAUUCAUGAUCAUCCAAAGUAUUGAAAACACAAAUCAUACUCCUAAAUAGGUAUAUCUUGGAAUUAUUUGUAGUUAGUAUAGCUCUGAAACUCAAUAAAUCACGUUGCUACUUCAUAACUAAAGCUACUUCAUAACUAAAGCAAUAAAUUUUUGUUAAUAUAAAUGGUCUUCACGUCGAAUGAUAUAUGGUUUACUUUCUUUAUCAGUUUUUUAUUAUUUCAUGGUAUAUUAAACUAUUACUAGAAGAAGUACUGAUGAGAUAAUAUUGCCCAAAUGCUAGAGGAUACUUUGAGAGAGUCCCAACAUGAAUUAAUUAUUUUUUCAGAUUCACAUUUUGCAAGUCGACGAGACAACCUGACUCACAAUGAAUCUUAGUUUACCCAUUGAAUCUAAAUAAGCUUUGUCACUAUAAUUUGUACUAGAAAAUACAAUCAUCAAUCAUACUCACUGAAUGUGUUAUCCUUCUCAGGUGUUGGACGUUAUGUUAGGAUUAUCAAUGAAGAUAAGCUGUUACAUUUUCUAUGUAAAUCUCUGUAGGAAAUAUGUGAAAAAUCAACUUUAAAUCCUCAAGCUAUUUCUAAAUGUACUUCCUUUAAAAUAAAUAGGCUAAGAUGAAUUACUAUUCUGGAGAAACUUUUUAUCAAAGUACCAUAUCUAAGAUUAUUAAGACUUGAUAUUAAUUUUCUACUAUAAAUAUUUUUUGGCAUUGAUAUUUUAUCUUAUUAAGUCUCACGGUCGUAAUCAGAACUGAUUGAAAGGUGUUCAAAUGACAUGUAAUAUGUAAUCAUUUAUGCCUUAGAGGUAAACUAAUUUUUAAUUUCUCCAUGAUUAUUGUCAAACUCAAUAGACUCAUUUUUGGCAAAUUUUUCUUUUGUUAGCUUUGCUUAAUUUUUAAUAAGAUUUAUUCAAGAUUUUUUAGAUUCAAGAAAAUAGUUUGUUGCAGAGGCCAAUAAUAUGUGUCUAUACUUUACUUCUCCAAGUUCAAUAUUGAAACUUUGGGUAUGAUCACAUUGGAUGCACGCAAGUGCAUGUGAGAUCAUGCAAGAUAAGGCUCUCAGAUGAGUAGGAAAAUCUGUAGGCCUAAAGAGCUGUAGGAACUAUAGGAACUCACAUUGAAUGUGUGCAAUUGCUGGUUGCGUACAAUGUGAACGCGCAAUCUGCGCGCUUGGUAAUGCAUGAUAUCACGAGCACUUGCACAUAAAUUAUAUGUGCAUCCAAUGUAAAUACCAUACCCUGAUUUUAUCAUAACUUAGAAUGUAAGGUAACUGAUCUAUCUCUUAAUUUUAAUUUUAUCAUCUUAUUCUGUUAGUGUCAAAUCCCACCAUAUAUAUAAAAAAUAAAAUCACUGCCUUAUUGGAUUAGAAUCGUCAUGUAUAUUUAUAAAUUGUUUUAGAAUUUUGAUCUCUAUUUCUAUGAGAAACUUAUAUAAGUAAUAUCUUAUCAAUUUAUUGGAUCAAAUCCACAUUUUUAUUUAAAAAUAAUAUGCUCUUUGGGCAGUAUAUAAUUUUACAAUGCCAAGAUACUUUUACUUGAAAUUUAAGUGCCAUCUAAAUUUUUACCAGGUUUUAUUCAAAAUAUGAAUUCUAAAGAAAUCACGAAUAGUGUGUUCAAUUCCCUGAAAUUUCCAAUGAACUAUUCAAUCGGCCACAAUUUUCCCUAUUUUCUGUAGGUUUCAGUAAUUAGUUCUAUUCAAAUGUAAGCUAUCCAUUCUUUGCAGUUAGAUUAUCUUUGAUCAAAAUUCUUCCAAUAUUUUGUUCAAUUUUUUAAUUUCUAUCUAAUUUAGUGAAUAAUUAGUGCUUCUAGGUAUUAAAUUUAUUAUUUUUAGCUAAGCGCUUCAAGCAAUAAAGCUUUAAAAUAUUUUAAUUUUUUAGAAUAAAAAUUACUUUUUAGAUUACUUUGAUUUUUAGUAUUUUAUAUCUUGUAUCUAGAUUAGCUCUCAAAUUGUGUUUUAAAAUAAUUUGUGUUCACAAGGGACAGUUCUAUUUGUGAAAAUAUUCUGGAAAACUACCGUAAAUUCACUAUUUCAAUGAUAGCACCAAUAUUUUGAUACUUCAUAUAAUUCAAAAAUCUUAGAUGUACAAAAUGUAAUAAUAUCGUAAGUUUUCUUAAUACUUUUGUACUUUCUGAUGUAGUUUUUAUAAAGAAUGUCCAAUAAAAAAGAUGAACUUGGUACACUGAA